AUGGGAUCUCGUCGUGGUCGACUUAAUUGGUCUAAUAUAGAAGUACAUAUUUCCGAUGAUGCAAUCGAUAAACAACACCGUUUUAAUAAUCCAAGUUCAUUUUCAACAAGAUUAGCAUCUGUACAAGAUAGUACCGAACAUGAACAAGAAGCAAUUUCAUUACCACCACCACCACAACCAUCACCACCACCAACAGCAACAGCAACGAAACGAUCCUGGAUGCCAAAGAAAGGUGUUGGUGAAAUAUGUGUUGAAGAGUUUGUUGGGAAUUAUAUGUUAACAAAAGCUGAACAAACUGCAAUUGAUCAAAAAUAUAACAAAAAAACAACAACAACUAAGAUUGAAUGUUCAAAUACUUCUACUAUACCAAAAUCAAUAAGAAUCUCGAAUAGAUUACCUUCUCUUAGAGAUACACCAUUAUCUACACGUACGACUGAUUUAUCUGUUGGUCAACAUCUAUUAAAUGUUUUUGUGUGUCAUGUUGAAUCUUAUUCAUGUGUUUAUAUUAUGGUUGGUGAUGAUUAUAAUCGAGCAACAAAAUUAUUUCAAGAUAUGAAUAAUUGUUAUGAACUUAUUCGACCAUUAAAUAAUAAUUUUGAACCAAAAGAAAAAGAUUUAGUUGCUAUACAUCAUGAAAAUAAAUGGUUUCGUGGACGAUGUCUAAAUUCAACAGAUACAACUAUCAAUAUUUUAUGUAUUGAUUCUGGUGCAACUAUUAUAUGUUCAAAAAAUGAUGUUCGUCGUUUACCAGAUACAUUUCGUGUAUAUCCACCAUGUUGUAUUGAAUGUUCACUUUCUGGUUUACCAUCAACGAUAUCAAUGAGUUCAAUGCCUGAAAGAAUUCAUACUCAAUGUUCGGAAUUAUUAUAUAAAGAUCGUUAUGAAGCAAUUGUAACGAGAUUAGAUUCAUUGAAUCGUCCAACUAUUGUAUUAUAUUAUGGUGAUGAAAAUAUAAACGAUCGAUUAAUUACAAUUCUCAAGUUACUUUAA